AUGGAUACCGUGAGGCCAGAAAACGAAGAAGAGCGAAUUGAGACCUUGCACGAACUUCAGAUCCUCGGGUCUGAACGUUUGCCUGAAUUCGAUUCCGUCGUUGAAGCCCUUGCAGCCAUAUUCGAUUGCCCAAUAGCCCUGGUGUCCCUCGUUUCGGAAGAUGAGCAGUGGUUCAAGGCCAGAUGCGGUCUGGAUGUCGAAGGCACGCCGCGUGACAUCUCAUUCUGCCAGCACGCCAUUCUUUCCGACGAGCUUUUCAUCGUCGAAGACACCCAUGCCGACAAGCGGUUCAAGAACAAUCCACUCGUGACCGGGGCUCCCAAUAUCCGUUUCUACGCCGGAUGCCCCCUGUCUAUCGAUGGCCGGAACCGGUUGGGCACGCUCUGCGUCAUCGACCGUGUUCCACGUAGCCCUUCCCGGCAGCAACUCAAUCAAUUGCGCAGGCUGGGCAAGGUUGUCGAGGGCCUGAUCAAGUCGCAUGAGAUUCGACGGGAGAAGGAUGCAGCUCUGGCGCAGGCCGAGCAGGAACACGAACUGGCCGUUCAAAAGAAUGAUCUUCUUGAAGAAAUUACAAGUGUAUCCGGCGUCGGCGGCUGGGAGCUCUGUGUUCGGACCAAGACACUGACAUGGACUGACAAAACGAAAGAGAUUCACGAAGUGCCCUCGGAUUUUCGUCCGACCGUGGAUUUUGCAUUGUCUUUCUAUCCGCCCGACAGCCGCCACAUCAUUUCAAAGGCAGUCGAGGACGCGAUCGAACUUGGCGUCAGCUGGGAUGCCGAACUGCCUUUCGUUACUGCAAAGGGUCGUAACAUCUGGGUCCGCGCCGCCGGCAGACCCAUUGUCAAAGACGGUGAAGUCAUCCGUAUCGUCGGCGCUCUUCAGGACGUUACUGCGCGGAAAAAGACCGAACAGUCGGUCCGUUGCUCCGAAUCCAUGCACCGGGCCACCUUGCAUACAUUGUCGGAAGGUGUCCUUCUCCUCAGCCGUUCCGGGCGCAUCCGGUCGAUCAACAAGGCCGGUGAAGACCUUCUGGGUUGUUCGCAUGAAGACGUUGUCGACACCAGGUUCAAGGACCUCGACAUUGAGUUCCGGUUUGAAGACAAAGCGUUCAACUCACCUGAAGACCUGUUCCGGCAAAUCGCCAACGGCUCCGAUCAUGUCAACGGCACAGUUGUUCAUGUUACCCGGCGAAACGAAACCGGAGGUGCCUGGCUCAGGAUCAAUGCAGCGUCCAUUGGCGAAACAAACGAAUUCGGUCUGGACGGUAUCGUCGUUUCGUUGACAGACAUCACGGAAACAAAGACCCAGAGAGAUACCCUGCAAGCGAUCUUCGACAACUUUCCCGGCGGAAUGGUCUAUUUCGAUGAAGCCCUGCAUCUGCAGAACUAUAAUGAUGCCUUCCAAAAUGCCUUCAAGCUUCCAAAGGAAUUGCUGUCCCAGAAACCUCACCUGAAAGACACAAUGAUGUACGCCGCACGCCAGGAACAGCGCGUUGCAAGCAAAGCAGAGAAGGUGGUCGAGGAGAGAUACAACCCGUUCAUGAGCGGAAAGCCUGUUCAACUCGAACGGGUAACUGCAGACGGGACUGUUCUGGACGUGAGAUCCACGCCUUUGCCGAAUGGCGGUAUCGUGUUCAGUCUUCUGGAUAUUUCAGACCACAAACGGCGGGAACAGACAAUCCGGCAAUCGGAAGUUGUUCAACGGGCAACUCUGGAAGCCUUGAGCGAGGGCAUUCUUUUGCUGUCGCGGGAUGGUGUCAUCGAAUCCGCAAAUCCGGUGGCGGAAAAACUGUUUGGCUUUGAUGACAACGGAUUGACGGGCCUUCGAAUUGACGAACUCGCGCGCUCGGUCACCCUGGAGUCUUCGGAAUUCAUCAACAACAGCGACCCACUCAAACUGGCUGUCCAUGAUCCGGACGCCGUUACGGAUCUCGUUGCGAGCCUGAGCACCUCCUAUCGCCAUGGUUUGACCUGGCUUCGCAUAAACGCGAGGCCGAUCGAUCCGCUUGGCGAGAAUGGACUGGACGGAGUUGUCGUCUCGAUCGCCGACAUCACGGAAACAAAGGAGCAAGCCGACACGCUGCAGGCGAUCUUCGACAAUUUCCCAGGCGGAUUUGCAUAUUAUGACGAGAAUUUUCAAUUGGGGGCGGCAAACUCGGAAUUCGGGCACCUUCUUGGUUAUCCGCAUGAUUUCGUCGAUCAGAAACUUCAUUUGCUCGACUACCUGAAAUACAACGCGGAGCGAGGUGACUAUGGCGAGGGCGACCCCGAGCAACUCGCUCUCGACAAGUUUCAUUCCUACGACCGAACCCAACCCCACAGUUAUGUUCGCGGUGCCGCAAGCGGUUCGUAUCUGGAAAUCAGAGGGACGCCGUUGCCUUCGGGCGGUUUUGUCUACAAUUUCUUUGAUGUGACAGACCGCAAGAGGAUGGAAAGCCAGCUGGCCGAAAGCGAACGUGCAUCGCGCAGCCGGUCUCUGGAACUUGAAGCCAUUCUGGCCAACAUGAGGCAAGGCGUCAGCGUCUUUGACAAGGACGGCCGCCUGAGGCUCUGGAACAAGCAGUACAUCGACAUCUUCAACAAGCCUGAGGACGACGUCAGAGAAGGCGUUACCCUUGUCGACCUGAUUGAGGCGGAAAAAGCCCGUGGUGAAUUCGAUGGCGACGUGAUCGAACACGUCAGGGAUCUGCUCAUUCGGCUCUCAGCUGGAGAAGUCGUUCGCUCCAAAUUCAGGCAUCCCAGCGGAAGGUUCAUCAGCGCGGUUCAUGCGCCACUGCCUGGAGGCGGCUGGAUCGGAACGCACGAGGACGUCACAAAGAGUGAAUUGGCCGUUCAAAAAAUCGAGUAUGCAGCGCAUCACGACACGCUGACAGGGCUGGCCAAUAGAACACUCUUCAAUUCCCGGCUCGACGAAACCCUGGAGGAAUUGGACCGGGAUUCGGAAAGCGCCCUGAUGCUGCUUGAUCUCGACAAGUUCAAACCGGUGAACGACACGUAUGGCCACGACGCGGGCGAUGCCUUGCUCAAACAGGUCAGCGAACGGCUGAAAGCGUGCGUGAGGUCCACUGAUCUUGUGGCCAGGCUGGGUGGUGACGAGUUCGGUAUCAUUCUCAAUAGCGCGUCAAGGACGGUUGCUGAAGUCAUUGCAAGCCGGAUCGUUCACAAAUUGCAGGGUGCGUUUUCCAUAAAGGAACAUACGAUCCGAAUUGGAGUGAGUGUCGGUAUCUCGCCGAUCUCCGGCUCCCGUUCGGAUGCCAAUGCAAUUAUCAAGAACGCUGACGUCGCGCUUUAUGAUGUCAAGAACAGCGGCAGAAACGAUUUCAGGUUCUUCGAUCUACCUGCAGAACCUGGCGCGAUGAAUGCGUAG